AUGGCGACGACGACAAAUACGAACGUCGAAAGCAUCUUCAAUAACGAUGACAAUACUAACAACACAAAAGAAGAAGAAGAAGAAGAAGAAGAAGAACGAGAGAGAAUACUACCGCUGAACGAGAAUGAGAAAGAUGCUGCUUGGGCGCUCGAAGAAUUCAAAUGGGACUCGGACAAAGCCAUUGGGGAAAAAAUAACAACACUCACAACUCUAAAGACUGGGAAAAAACGAGUCGGAGGAAGAGGAGGAGGUUUGAAGAGGAAACAAACGAUGGGGACGGAAGAUGGCUCCAACGACGACGACGACGAUGAAGAAGAAGAAGAAGAAGAAGAAGCGGACGUGAAUGACUUGCGCAACUCGCCUCGCUUUCGACCGAUGGUGAGAACGAGUGAAGAGAAAGAGGGAGACAAGAAUAAGUAUCUCGAAAAACGACGAAAAGAAGAAAAGAACUUUACGACCGAUUCGGCGGAUGGUACCGCAGACGACGGCGCGAGAACGAGCAUCGCCGCAGCAGCACUCGCAACGACCGGUUUUGUCCCGGUCAAAUUAAGAAGCGAGGCAGCGAAUGGGACAAAGUAUAGAGUCAUCAAGCACAAAGUUUUUUGCAAAGUGAAUGGGUGCGAUGAGGAGUGCUUGUCUUUGUAUUCAAUUCGCGUCAAGGUGUGCGUGUUUCAUUUGAAAGCGGAUGAAGUGAUGUUUAACAACGAAUUGUGUCGAUUUUGUCAAAAGUGCACGAAAUUUCACAACGUGGGUAAUUUCGAGGAAGGUCGGAGAGCGUGUUUACGUUCCUUGAAUAGAUUGGCGUUCAAGCGAGUACCGGCGAGUGCGCAAGAGAGCGCAUUAAAUACUUUGGCCUUGUACGAUCGAAUGAUUAUGUCGCAAGCGGGAACUGGUGAAGCAGCGCCAAAUGGAGGGGCAAACUCCGAUUCGGCAACGAAUACUGAUAAUAAUAAACGCGAAGUUUCUUCGGUACUUCCCUCGAAUGAGUUGACUCGUCAACGGCGAAUCCGCGAUGCACUCACGUUGCUCGGUGCAAGUUGGCAUCAAGGCACAAGGAAGAAAGAAAGGAAAGAAAGAAUGACAAUCAAAGAAAGAAAUGAAGAAGUUCAGCAACAAUCACAAGGAACCCAAAUAGAUCAAAAAACCCUCAGCGUGUCACAGCUCAGAGUUAUACGCUUACAGUGCGCGCAAAUGUUGCUGGACCAUCUGCCCGAAAAUUUUGAUCCUUCGACAAAUGCGGAGGAAAGACGAAGAAGGGAGAUAAUCAACGCGUCGUAUACGCGAAGUGAAGGUUACGAUCGAUUAAUGCAUCUCGACAACGAGGCUUUUAUCACGCUCGCUGCAGAAAUUAAGAUUCAUAACAAACAACCUCACGAUUUGAGCGCUUCCAUCGGCGAAGGCGUCAAAAAUUAUUUCGCAGAGAAAUCUGGGCAUCCGCCGGCGAGAUUAGAAUUCACCGCGGAACCAGGAUGCACGAAGUUGAACGUGGAUGCACUGAUCCCACCAAUGACGUCACGUCAUUCGUUUUUGAGAAAUCGACGAGGAACGUCAGACAAAGAAGUUGCAAAAGAAUUGGCCAGUUACGCCAUCGAUACGGACGAUGGAGGUUUGGACGAUGUGGAUAUAGAUGUAAUCAUUGGUGCGGUGCGAACGCGACGAAGAAAUGGCGAAUGGGAAUUGAGCACUAAAAUUCGUAAAAAGCACGACUGUCGUUCGGCCAAACACGUGAUGUGUACAAAUCCGGACAUUUUAAAUUCGUGCGAGAAUGAAAAUACUUUGAUUGUCACCGGCGUUCCUCCAGACGUCGUAGCUGUCGUGCGUAUCAACGGACAAGUGGAAAGAGGAAGUGUAAUCGCUCGUUUCGGUGGUAAUUCUCCAGUAACGGAAGCAUCGACGAGAAAAACAACGACGCGCUUGAAUCAGAGUAGUAGCGAAAGUAAUCAGCAACAGGAGCGGCCGGAUGUAUUGCAAAACUCACAGUCAAAUUACGUGUACGUAUCGGUACCUCUCGAUUACGCGGAAGGUCUGAUGACAAUCAAUCUGAUUUGGCCAGAAGGACACGAAUUCGCAGGUUCUGCACUAUGUGAUCCAAUCAUUAUCCUCUUGACGCCUGAUGUUGAUCUCGCGCAAGAACUGAAAGAAGCGAUGGAUGAAGUGCAUGCGCUGUCCUCCGAAUUUUGCUACACUUUUAAGCGAUACGUCGGCGCGUGUCUAGUCAAGGAUGGUGACGUGCGAUCGUUCACGAACCCAAAUUUUUGCUUAGUACAAAAGGAUAUAACUUUGUGGGCUUUGAGAAACGGAUUCCCUAAGCUUUCUAAGCGAUUGCUAAAACCACAAGUUCAGAUGUUGGAAAAUGCACGGUCUUUGGCAGCUGCGGACGGAGUGUAUAAAACAUAUGUGUACGCGGCGACGUUGUCUGAUUCAGUGGAAAUCGUUCGCGAAGUCAUCGCCUUGGGCGGAGAAAAGAACUUGUUCGGUACGGUUUCAACCGUCGGCAACAAAGAGACGAGAGAUACGGCUUUGCAUAUUGCCGCGAUGAAUGGGAACACGAACAUGGUGCUUGAUUUUUUGUCCAUAGUAUCCUCCAUAGAAUCUUGGUUCACGUCGCGAAACUCGAGCGGAUUCUCGCCGAGAGACUGCGCAGUUUUGGCGCAAAGCUCGAAUCUUUCGAAAGCCAUCGCAAAAGUUUUGGACGAUCCGCUCUUGAUUGCCUCGAAUGCAGUAUGCCUCGCAGUGAAGGAAUUCGUGUCCAAAGUAAAGAGCGGGGCGUAUACCGCUCCCGAUCAUGCACCUGCAAUCGACCACGUUGAGGAGCUGGAAAACCAGAGCCAAGCGAUAUUCGCUCGCGCUUCAGAUUUGGUUUUCGAAAGCCUGACUGAAAUCAGCACAACUGUUUCACAAAAUGAGCUCGAAGAAGCUCGAAAAGUUGCCACAGUCCGAUUGCUUGAAAUAACAAACAUGCUACUGCAGCACAAAGCGUGCUUCUUGAAGCUUUUCUCGUUAGCUAUUGAGAGAGACUGCAAAUUGCUCGAAAGUUAUAACGGCGCAGACAGCAUGGACAAAUCUUUCGACUCGCCAAUCCAGUCUGGCGCGGAUUCGUUUUUCGUGGAGCUGUUGUCAAGUUAUGAUAGUGGCCAGGGACGAGGCUACGUCCCUCAAUCGAUCCGCAAAAUUUUCGGUAAGUUGAGUAAUGCACUCGCUUCUUUGAAGUACAAAUCGAUGCUUGCUUUUGAAGAUCCGUUGAUUGAAAAAGCAUACGUUCUUGAAAAUUCCUUCUAUCGAAAACGCGUCGAUCUCGUCGCGUUUUUGCUUAUAUUUUCGGUCAUUUGCGCUCGAAGGAUCAAAUUUUCGGACGGGACGUUUUCGGAUUUCGUGUUCACUUUCUUCCGCAUGGGCGAAUCGUCGAGUUUGUGCUUUUACAUCUCGAGGAUGAUCGGCGUGCUGACGUUUCCAGGAGCCAUUUUUGCGCUCCUCGUGUAUCCGAAAUUUUACACGCGACACCGAGAAAGCAUCACCAUGCUGGUUCGAUAUAUGAGUCCAUUAAUGUGGUCGCUUCGUUCUGCAAACGAAACAGCUCCGGUGUCAAUUGCCAGGGUAAUGUUCAUGCGUUCGUCAGCUUGCGUGUAUGGAUGUCGAUUUGAAAGACACGCGUUUGUGACAAUGAUGAACUACUUCUUUCCAUUCGCUCGAAUGCUUAAAAUAUUUGAGGGCCAAGCCGCAGAUUUGACAUUCUCGACCGUGGUUGAAGAUUUGGACAGAAACGGGUGCAACAGAAUUUUGUCUAUGGGAUCGAUAGGCUUGAAUUUGGUCGUCUCAUUCUUGGUCGAAGCACGAUUUCGGCGUAAGUUUGCGGCGAAAUACGGCGUCAAUUGGAUGAAGAUAAGUUGGAUGACGUCGCCCCCGCUUCCGCCCGGGGAAGAUGAAAAGUUCAUCAAAGAUAUUCGCGAAGAAGUAGGAGCUUUCGAUAGCGACGAAGAAGAUGAUGUCAGUCAUAAAAGUCUCAACCGUCGCAACCGGUUUUUCAAGUUCAUUUCUGAGCAAAGAAAAUCCUUGCAUGCCAAGGCUUACUUUGCGUUUCCGAAUCCGAGAGACGAGGGUGCGUGCGUCCUUGAAAACUCAAAUUUUCGAAGACCUUACGAUAUCGCCAUCUUUGGCUAUCUAUAUCUCAUAUGGGGAUCUGAACUUUAUCGUAAGUAUUUGAAAUGGGGUCAUUCAUUCGAUUGGUAUGCGUUAUCUAUGUUCACAAAAUGUGACGUGACCGAAGAUACCAUGAGAAUAACAGGUUAUGAGAGGCGCGUCAGCGCUCUUUUUCUUUUAAAAGUGUUCUCCUCAUCAGUGCUCGUGGGAACGUCACUAAUCGCCAUCUUUCUUCCUCGCGUCUAUUGUCACAGUCGCGAGUCCUUCAUCGCUGUUCUUAAAUUAUCAGCCAGCGUGGCACCAGCCCUGAAAGUGGCAGAAUCACCAGAGUUUGUCGUGGUCAUCAUGUUUCGAUUAUGCGCGGUGCUCUUGUCGGUUCGUUUUGAACGAGAGGUUAUGAUUGUAUUGACGAACGCUUUCAUCAUACCUCGAGCAUUAGAAUGGUACGUUGGAACAGAGGAAUAUGGUAUUAUCGACGUCAGUGGUGAUUCUUCAGUCGUGACGUGUAAGGGAAACAGUGGUUCGUUAAAUCUGGGCAUCUUCAGCGGCAACUGGUAUAAGUGGUCUUCCUUUUUUAAGUUCGUCUUUGUCGUUCUGAUGUAUUUACAAAUCAGUAUCGUCUUGACCCUCGAAAAGCAACGUCGAGAGGCCUUUGCGAGGAAGAGAAGAAUCAAGCAGCAUUAG